CAGUGGAUCCUUAAGAAGGAAUACCGAACAGUGAUUGGUAGUGAGAAAGAGAAAUAUAUAUGUUUGAGAGAAAGAGAAAGAAAUAGUGAGAGUUCUCUUGAAAAGGAACAUCUCGCGCCUUUGGUAAACUAGUGUGAACGGUACUCCUCAUAUAAUAUUCGGCCCAAUCGUAUUGCUUGGAUUCUCGUAGCUUGUUCGUUCGUUUAGUACACACAUUGCACGCGCACAGGUCUUCUUACCAUUCAUUUUUCUCCAAUCUUGAAUAGUAUUUCAAAACUUACCCGAAAUAUGUGAAUAUAUCCUUGUUCGAUUAGUUUUUCGUGUUAAACAUUAACAAUAAGUUAAUCUAACAGAUUACAAUCUUUGUUAUUCGUUAACGUUGUUCGUGAUCAUCGCCAUCUUGCGCGUGUUUUCGCCGCAGAAAGAGAGAGAGAGACAGAGGAAGAUAAAAAAAGUGGGGACAACGAAAAAGAAAAAGAAAAAAUAAGAGAAACUUUCUGCGUAGUGUGUGUGGAGAGAGAUAGAUAGAGUGAAAAGGAAUUAAAUAUACGUUUACUUUUUCAUGUGACACACCCGUUUUAAGUUAUGAUUAAAGAACAACGUUAAACUCCUGUCCUUCAGGGAAAAAUGCAGAGAAGUGCGGUAAUCGAACGAUCGUCGUGAUCAGAAAAAACGAAGAAGGAAAAGAAGUCGUGGAGGAGGAGGAAGAAGAAGAAGAGGAGGUAUUGUUGCCAGUGAGGUGGUAGUAAUUUAAAUAGAAAGAAAAAGAAGAAGAAGUAAAAGUAAAAGUAAAAAAAGAAAAAAGAUGUCUACGGAAAAUCAACAAAACGGUUCAGCAGGAUCAACGCAAAGUAACGGAAUAAAAUCAGCAACGAUCAACGUGAGCGGUAAUACGAGGACGAUACCAAACAACUCGUCGUUCCUUUAUAGCAGUAAUUCGAUGUUGAAUCGAGAGAAGCCACGGCAAGUGCCGCCUCCGACUUUACCGAAAUAUACGUCGAGUUUCAACGCGGGAUCGAACGGGAGUGGCGCUGCCGAGAGACUGAGCAGAGACAGAGAAGCUGGGGGUAGUUACAGGCUAGCAAGCCUUGAAAGACUCGCCCUCAGGCAGAGAAUACUCGAUGGAGAGAAGGCCAACGGUGAUGCUACAUCGAUACAGGCGAAGCGCGAGCUGUUCUUCAAAGGCGACAGCACGGGCAUUAUCUCUUCGCCUUCAGUGCCAACAGUUCCACCACCUCAACCACCAGGACAGGGAACAUCAUCGUUAACGACGACUAGUAGUAAUACAACGACUAGUAUCAGUACGACGACAAGUAACAACAGUGGCACAACGACGCUCGUUAAUUCGACUAGUACAAAUGUCAACAGUAGCAAUAACAAUAACAACAACAACAACAGUACAUCGAUUCAAUCGACAUCUUCCAUAUCCUCCUCCUCGUCUUUGAGCACGACGGCUAGCAUUUACACUGGCGUCAGCGCGAGUCAUGCGAGUCAUGGGACGAGCAGCUCUGUACCACCAACAGCGAAGAUGCGUUUGCCUCUCUCUUCCUCUUCUUCAUCGACGACCUCAGCCAACAACCCCAACCAUACCUCGGCCUCGGCUCUGAUCCUCAAUCCAAACGAUUCAUCCGAAGAUAGUAACAAAAGGGAUUCGUCGAGGAGCAACGAGUCCAAGGAUUCAUCAUUGAACUCUAUACUUCAUCGGCCGCUUCAACCGUUAACGAAAUCAAAGGAACUCGAUGGUUACGUUGGUUUCGCCAAUUUACCUAACCAGGUGUAUAGGAAGGCCGUCAAGAAAGGAUUCGACUUUACCAUCAUGGUCGUUGGUCGAUCCGGGUUAGGAAAGUCAACUUUUAUAAACUCCAUGUUUUUGGCUGAUAUAUACAGCGCGGAAUAUCCAGGUCCUAGUCUGAGGGUAAAGAAAACAGUAGCUGUCGAGACGACCAAGGUGUUGCUGAAAGAAAAUGGGGUAAAUCUUACACUGACUGUGGUCGAUACGCCUGGAUUUGGCGAUGCGAUCGACAAUAGUAAUUGUUGGGUUCCAGUUAUAGAAUACAUUGAGUCAAAAUAUGAGGAGUUCCUGAAUGCAGAGUCUCGUGUAACGAGACGGCAAAUACCCGACAGUCGAGUACACUGUUGUCUUUAUUUCAUUGCGCCCUCGGGUCACGACCUGACGCCGCUCGAUGUAGAGUUCAUGCAACGCCUUCACGACAAAGUCAAUAUAAUACCUGUAAUCGCUAAAGCAGACACGAUGACUCCUGACGAGCGUGCUUAUUUUAAAAAGAAAAUAUUAAAUGAAAUCGCACAACACAAAAUCAAAAUCUAUGAAUUCCCAGAAGAAGAAUACGAGGAGGAUAGCAAGUACGAUAAAGUUUUAAGGGAUAGAGUUCCCUUUGCGGUCGUCGGCGCGAAUACUGUAGUCGAACAUGAUGGGAAAAAAGUACGUGGGAGAAAUUAUCCGUGGGGUAUUGCCGAAGUUGAGAAUUUAGACCAUUGCGACUUCAUAGCUUUGCGAGAUAUGAUCAUUCGAACGCACCUGCAAGAUUUACAAGACGUUACGAAUAAUAUACAUUACGAGAACUUCCGAUGUCGGACAUUAGCUGGUCUCGGUGUAGAUGGCAAGCCAACUAAAAUAUCAAAUAAUUUGUGCCCACCAGGAGUGAUGAACAGUUUCAUGACAGUGUGGAAUCCUUUGGCUCAAUUGGAGGAAGAGAAAAGAGAACACGAUAAUAAAAUGAAGAAGAUGGAAAUUGAAAUGGAACAAGUAUUCGAAAUGAAAGUUCGCGAAAAGAAACAAAAACUUAAGGAUUCGGAAGCCGAUUUACAGAGACGGCAUGAACAAAUGCGGCGUUCUUUAGAACAACAAAUUCGCGAAUUAGAAGAGAAAAGGCGCGCAUUCGAAGCAGAAAAACUAGCAUGGGAACAACAGACCGGUCACAGUAUUGAAGAAUUGCGUAGGCGCAGUUUAGAAGCCAACUCAAAAGACAGAUUUUUCCGAUUUUACAAAAGGACGGGAUCGGUGUCGUCCGAGGGAUCCGGAGGUGGAGGGGGUACGUUGAGGGGUUCCCGAGGGAUAGGAAGUCUUCUUCGCCGUCAUACCAGUUUCAAAUCACCUCAAGAGAACCACACACAGAUACAGCUUGUCAUACAGCAUCCUGAUUAAACAAACAAAUAAUACAAGAAAAAAACAAAACAAAAUAUAUCAAUUAGUCAGAUACCAUCCCUGAUAAAUGCGGACGAACUAUGCUAAAUUAAAUUAAACGAAAUAUCUUUUAUGUCAUUCAUUUUAAAUUACAUACCUGACACAUAUCAUUUUUACACAUUUUCUGUGACUAUGAAUAUAUGUAUAUAUAUAUGUGUGUGUAUGUGUGUGUAUUUGCGCGCGCACGUGUAUAUGUUACGUAUAUUCGAUUGACAAAUUUAUAUCGAACGCUAUUUAACAUUCAGAUGUAUGUGCCAGGUUAUAUCUUAUACCAUUUUAUUCCUUUUCGCAUUAUUUUAUACAUAUGUAAACAUACAAUUAAAUAUCACAAUAUAUAUAAAUUUAUAUAUAUAUAUAUUAUUCUUUAUUUUCUUUUAUUUGAAGAGUAAAAUUUAGAAUUUCUUCAAAGUGAGCAUCGUUAUAAAAGAUUUGAUUAAAUGCUUCUCAAUUAACAAGAAAUAGACUGAUAAAUAACUGAGCAUUAUUUAGUGCUCAUAUCUUUUUAGUUUUAGUUACAA